ACCAGAACCGGGCAUUCUGCACAGAGCCCCCUAUCUCAAGACCCCCAGGGGCCAAGAGGGUGGACUCAGUGGGGGUGGUGGGGGGAGACAGGUGGCAGAAUGGUACAUCCCUGAGCUGCCUGCCUCUCCAAAGGCCUCUGGCUCAUGCUCCUGACUCAGUCUGUGAGGGGGAUUUGCCCUCCUUUCAGAGAAGGCACCAGAGAGGGAAAUGGCUCACCCAAGGUUGCAAAGCCAGCACGGGGCAGAGGAGCCCAGUUUUUCUUGUGGCUGCAGCACCUGUGAAUUCAGGGCAGGGGCCAGUGAGAAUGACUCAGAACCUGGAGCAGGCACUGGCGACGAUUGUGGUCACCUUCCAGCAAUACUGCCAUCAAUCUGGAGACAAGCACAAGCUCUGCCAGGCGGAGCUCAAGGAGCUGCUGCGGAAGGAGCUGCCCACUUGGACGCCGACGGAGUUUCGAGAGUGUGACUAUGAUAAACUCAUGAGUGCUCUGGACACCAACAAGGACUGCGAGGUGGACUUUGAGGAGUACGUGCACUCACUCGCCCGCCUCUGUCUCUUCUGCCACGAGCACUUCAGGGACUGCCGUCCCGAGCCCCCCUGCCCUCAGUAGCCUUUGCUCCAGAGGAGUGUGGCCUGGAAGGCAGGGUCUGCUCCAGGCUGCUCCAUGUCUGCCGCUGAGGGGAUCCUGGGCUCCGCUCCAUCAAGCUCCCGACCUUCUCUCCUGCAUCUCUUUCAAUAUGGAGCCUCCCCUGGGCUUGCCCUGCCUGUGCCAACCCAUUUUAUCCAUGAGAUCUUCCCAGCUGCCCAGCUGGUGAGGGCCAGGGCAGCCCCACCCCCACUUCCUCUCUCUGUGGGUGGGAGGAGGUGGGGUUCUGCCAUGAAGGCCCUGGAGGCCCAGCUGUGUGUGUGUAAAUGAGGCCACGGUGGAAGGGGCUGAGUAAUUCCUAAUAAAGACAUGGCAGCAGUA